AUGCAAAUCGAUCAUCUCUUCUUCACAUUUCAUUUCUUUCAUUUAUUAAUCUUCUUCACUCUUUUCUAUCAAACAACAGCUCAAUUCGACCCCGAUUGUAAAUGGAGAGACAAUGUCACUUCAGUCGACGAAAUUGCUCACCACAAAUAUCAAGUACUCGAGGAUUGUUUAUAUUAUAAAUUGAGUCGAGAUGCGGAUAAGUUACAAAAUAAAGGCAACGCUUUGAUGCUAUUGCCACCAACAGUGGCUGCUGGGGAAACCCUCGAUUUGGAAGUGAUGGAUGUAGUGCUAAGACAAUUGUGGAUUAAUGAGGUAUUCAAGGAAAUGAAUAUGAAUGGGUUUAUCAAUUUGUCAUGGAAAGAUCGUCGUCUUCGAUGGGAUCUCGGGGAUUAUAAAACCGAUAAUUUGAAUAUCAAAAGCUUUGGGAAGAUCUGGGUGCCGGAUAUCAAUUCGGAGAAAUAUCAAACAGCUUCAUCGAGCAGCGAUUACACAGCCUAUCAAGGAAUAAAUGCAAAAUACACAGGAAAUCUCACUGCUCGCUUGGAAUUCCGAUAUCAAACAUUGUUGUUAUUUCGAUCGCCGAUCAACUCUCUUCCAAAAUAUUAUAUCAAAUAUUUUUUGAUUGGAGCUCAAAAUGGCUUAAACGUGGAGAAUUUACGCUCAAAUUGGCACAUCGUUGACUCGUGGGUGAAAAAAACGAAUCAAGAUGGGGAUAUUAAAGCCGAACAACUCGAGAUUUGUGGCCAGCAAGGAGAAAAUCGUCGACUCUUUCAAUCGAAUUGCUCAUUCCAGUCACCGUUUCCAGCUCUCCUUUUAAUCAUCGCUCCAUUCUUUGGGAAAUUCAAAGAACAA